CCCCGUCCACGAUGGGAAAUGGGGCCAAGCCGUGGCCGAGUACGUAAACCAGGCACCGUAUGCGAUGUUGAUGGUUUCGCCACUAAGGGGACAUUGGCGGACUUGACUGUUGGAGACUCGGUGAGGUUGAUAAGAUUCCUACUUACAACGCAGUGAGUUAAUGAGGACGAGGUCGUUGAAGUGGUGGAGAGUUGGAUGAUGGACUAUCUACUCAGUAGAUGAUAAGGUGAGGCGAGAGUGGACAGGUCGUCUUCGUGGGAUUUCUCGCGGUCUGUAGCCGCGCUAAGCCACUUUUAGCGCAUCCAGAGUCUAAAGGUGCCCCUAGGUCUGCUGUCAUCAUUUUAGGAGGUAACCAAGAUCAGGAACCGCCCAUAUCAACGAGGAUCAGGUAGCAGGUUUACGGCAUAUAAACAAACGGGCCACGAUUGCUCAAUUGCCAUACCGACAUCAUGCGCUUCACCUCAGCCUGCCUGCUGGCAAUAGGUACCCUUUUUACCGCCGCGACAGCUCACAACAUCCAGCUCGCGGGGCAUGGACGCGAAUGCUUCCACGAACAGCUCCGCAGAGAUGACAAAAUGACUGUUACCUUCCAGGUCGGCGACAGGGAAUUUAAGCAGGCUGGGAAUUUGGACAUUGAUUUCUGGAUCACCAACCCUGCCGGCGGACUCGAGGCAAAUGAACGCAGUGUGUCAACAGGCGACCACUCAUUUGUUGCAAAGCACGAUGGAAAAUUCGUAUACUGCUUCAGCAAUGACAACUGGUCGGCGAACAGCAAGGAGGUCUCAUUCAACGUCCACGGAAUUGUCUACGUGCCCGAGGCGGAAGGGACCAGUGACCCUCUAGAGAUUGAAGUUCGCGCGCUAUCCGAUCUUCUCGCGCAAGUUAAAGACGAACAGUCCUACAUUGUCCUCCGCGAGCGCAUCCAUCGCAACACUGCUGAGAGCACCAACGGCCGCGUUAAGUGGUGGAGCACCUUCCAAAUGAUUGUUCUGGUUGCAAACGGUGUCUUCCAGGUCUGGUGGUUGAAGAGAUUCUUCGAGGUUAAACGUGUGGUCUGAAGGGUUUUGUCUAUAUUCACCCGAUGGCGGGAUUCUGAUGUUUUGGCUCGGUUUUCAAGGGCGUUAAGCUGCGCUGCAUAGUGGAGUACGGACUCAUGGAAAUGAAAUCAUAGGAGAGUGAUCCAAAAAGUAUGUAAUAUUACACGAAUAUGAAUGCCACAUAUGACUUUCGCUGCUCGUAUUUGAAGCAGCUACGAUGGAUUUGAUCGUGUGGCCCUACACAAGUAGUGUGUCUCUAUUAGCGGAAGCAACCGCCAGCCACUCUAAGACAUGUCUCACUGACGGUGCUACACCAUCUUCGCCCAGCUAGGCCUAACCAAACCCCACGAGAUAGCCACGAGGCUUUCGAUGGCUUAUCCUGUACAGGAUUCUUCAAAUAAAUUGCUAGUUAUCGCUC